AUGUGGAAUGGUGUCUACACGCUCCCACAUACGCUGCUGUACACCCUCGAUCGCUGCGCGCCGCGUGUGGUGCUGGAGCGCUUUCCCUCACUCUACAACCUCACACGCAAAGGAAUGGAUCUGAACUUCAAAGAGCUCUUUUUCUCCUAUCUCUUGCGAGGAAUUCUUCAAUCCAUCUUCUUACUUUGGUUGGUGUCGAAUAUUUUCGAUAGUACCUUUGUGUUUGCGCAGGGUGGUGAGACGAUAUCGUCUGAAACUUCAUUCUGCGCGGCCUAUACAAGUAUCUUAUUCUCUCAGAUAAUUGUAAUCUACACAGAGUCCAACUCCAUUACGAUCUUAAACUUACUUAUCAUGAUUAUUUUGCCCUUUUUUUAUACGUUGGCUACCUUUGUGUAUUCGGAGCAUUACUUUCAUACGCAUUUUGAAGUCUUUCUACAGACUUUUCGCCCUCAAUACAUUAUCGCAGUGGCGGUAAUUACGAUUGCGUUAACAAUGCCUUGGAUUAUAUUGAAGUGUUUACGAGAUAUAUUUCAAAUUAACCGCCGAAAUAUUCUCCGCGCGGAGAUGUUAGCUAAGUAUAAACUGCUUUUGAAAUCCGAAGAUGCUUGUCAUACUAAGCUCAAGGUUUGGCUUUAUCGCUUGAUGGGAUUUUUUCCAGAACCCGCAAGCUUAGUCUUUGAUGAUAGUAUUAGUGCCCUCUCUACAAAAGAAAAAAAUCGGGAUCUUUGA